AUGUUUAUAAGUUAUAUUAAACCUGUUUUAAAUCAAUACGUUUUGAAUCCACAGAUUGAUAAAACACCUCUUCCUGAAGGAAUUCCAGCUGUUGAUGAAGUAGGUGCAACAUCAGCACCAUUGAAAGCAGCUUCAUAUUUUAUUGGAGCACGUUGUAAACCAUUUAAUGAAGAUUACAUGCUUUGCAAGGCGGAAAAUAAAGGAAAAGGAGAAGAGCCGUGUUUAAAAGAAGGCCGUCGUGUUACUCGGUGUUCUAUUAGCGUAUUAGAAGAUUUACAUACAUAUUGUGCUAGCAGCUUUAAAAAAUAUUGGCAAUGUCUGGAUAACAAUAAUCAUGAAUUCCGUGCAUGUAGAGUUGAUGAAAGAGAAUUUAAUAAGUGUGUUUUUGAUCAUUUAAAACUUGAGAAAGUUAUUCCUGGUGCACCACAGGGAGAAGAACCAAUAUUCAUGAAAAAAAGACCUAUAUUUUAA